CUUCACUCAGAGGCGGCCCCUUCCUAUUGCAGCUCCUUCAUUCUCUCCUCAUCUCGGAACGGCUGGUCGCUUGCAACAGUGACCGCGAGCUUUGCAGAAAGACGACCACCACGACUUCUUGCGCCCUCGUCGACCAAACAUCAGGCGGCUCUCCCAUCUCCACAUCUUCGGACCUCACUGCCAGCAACAAUAUCGACGGUGUUUGAAGAGGGCUUACCAUCUCGGAAUCGCUCUCGGCGGAACCAUUUGCCUGGCUGACCAGGGCAUGGCUGUACGACAAGCUUGAACAUACUUGUUCCAGUAUCCGCUCAAUGGGGAUAUAUCUACACUCCUCUGGCUCCCAAGCAUCUGCUUCUCACGACACUCCUUCUCCCGAGCACAUGGGCACCUACGUCCCAACACACGCAGCCAAGGCAUCGGAGGAUCGCCUCUGGGCUUCGCGCGCGCCGGUGUCGCCUCCCAUGACCAACUAUGCUCCCAGUACCAGGACUGACAUGUCCUCGAGGACGAAUGAGCCCUAUCUUAAACCCAGAGACGACUCCACUGCAGCCGCCAUCCAGCGGCUGCCCUCUCUAAACAGCCUCUUCGGUCGACCUCCAAGUCAGAUUCGGCCGCUGCACGCUCCUCUCUUGGAGCGCCCCAGUCCCUUGGCUGGGCCUUCUCGCUCACCUUUAGAUCAUCAACCAUCUACUACAAGCUCACAGCGGUCUUUGUCGACCUCUUAUUUCCCGUCUACGGUUACGCCCAGGAGUAAUUACGCUGCCUCUAACCGAUCUGACGGCGACAGGCACACGACGGGCCUCCUCCACUUUCCAGGACCCUUGUCCCCUGGCAGAGGCCGUGAUUCAAUAUCAAGCCAACAUGACAGUCGUCAUGACUCACUCUCCACCGGCCGCUGGUCGUACUCUAGCCAGUCUGAGGCGAGACGUCCCGACUAUGUACUGAGCACGAGCGAGGCUCCCACCUUCUACAGAACUAGCUCGGACAGACUUCCAUUCCCCGGGCCGAGUUCUAGGGUCAAUUUCGAAUCUGGGGCUACCAACUUCAGAGAGCAGACGAUUGCACACCAGCCGCCACCGCCGAGCGAGAGGCCACAGGCUUCUCUCGAGGUCGGAGGUCCAGCUGCCUCGGAAGGUCUGCCAGUCAAGGACGGCCUGGGCCCAAAGAUCUGGACUGGGACACAUUUUCUGCCACGAUUUUUACGGCAGAGCGAAGUCCCGGGCGAAGGUCUGUGUUACUUUUAUGAUGAUGGAACCCAUUGCAAGGCAAUCAUCGAUGGCGAGCAGGUCAAUGCCCACUGGGGAGUCACCAAGGCCGGAAAGCCGCGUAAGCGGCUGGCAAUCGCGUGCCUGACGUGCCGCGAGAAGAAGAUCAAGUGUGAUCCCGACUUCCCCCGCUGUGUUCAGUGUGAAAAGUUCGGUAGGGUGUGCAGGUUCAAAAAUGCACCCCGCGGAGGUCACAACACCUCUCCUGGAACAUCUCCUGCUCGUGAAGCCGAGGAAAUGAGAGCUCCCGCACCGCCUAGUUCGCAGCUAGACGUCGCCCGGCGACGGAGGAGCGUCUCUCUCGAAUCAGUCUCGCCAAAGACAAGCUCACUGAAGCGGGUCGCGAGUUCGGCCGAGCUUGGCGAGACACAACCGGCCAAGCGAGUGGUGCUGGAGUAUGAGCGAUAUGCACAGCCUGCAGGAGAGCACAUGUCCCCUCUCAGCAAGACUCGGGAACUUCCAAGGCCUACCGCACCUUGGCCUGAGCAGGUGAGGGGCGAGACCAGGGUAGAAACAAGUCAGGAGCUGCCUCGCCUCCCGGACGACAUAUUACGACGGCGGCCAUGGUAGCAGUGAAGGAUCCGAGCUCAACGCCAGCCUAAAUUCAGGGCUUCAAUCUUUCAUUAUUAUUGGACUUUAGUAGCUAUUUGCAUUUCAACGGCGUUCAGCAUGGGUCGCGGGCGAACUUGGAGGAUAUACACUAUCGCGUUUCAUCCGGAGGGGUCUCCUCCCCCAUUACACAAGAGUUCAUGUACAUACUACUACACCGUGUCUGGCGGACAGCAAUACAGCCUACACAAGCACCAUCGAAAUACAGGAGAGUCGGAGUUUCGACUUUAGUUUUGCA